GUUGACUUUUAAAAAAACGGAACAUUAUAAAAAAAUAAUUCAAUUUAUUUUAAAGUCAUCAACGAAAUUUAAAUGCCAAAAAUGUUUAGUUAUAAGGUAUUUGGCAUUUGCCUAAUACUUCAAUAUUUGCAAAGUGCUGAUGCUGCUGCAAUGAAACAAAACUGCUACGAGGGUCAAUUCCAAUGCAAAAAUGGAGAGUGUAUAAGUGCUGAUUUGAAGUGUAAUGCUAAGUUGGAUUGUACAGACGGAAGUGAUGAAACAUUUGAGCAUUGCUAUCAAUCGAAGUGUUUGAAACAUCGUUGCGCCUACGGUGGCUGUUUCGAGGACUCGCAACAUUGUGAUGGAAAAAUAGACUGCAUUGACGGUACAGAUGAAAACGAAUUCACCUGUGCGAACAGCACUAAGAUGGCGGAGCUUUUAAACAAUAAAAUACGUGGGGAAUGUCGUGACAAGCCGUACACACAAUAUCAAUGCCAGCAAUCUAAGGAGUGUAUCUCAUAUAGCCAAGUAUGUGACGGUGUUGAGCAAUGUCGGGAUAAAUCAGAUGAAUCAAUUGAACUAUGUGCAGCUAACUCCUGUCCUGAGGGAUCCUUUCGCUGUGCCUAUGGAGCCUGCAUUGCAAUUUCCGCUGCCUGUAAUCAUGCAAUUGACUGUCGUGAUGAAUCAGAUGAAGUGACUUCCAUUUGCAAAAGUUGGCAUAACCUUUCCUCUGACGCAAAUUGGGAGAUUUCACAAUGGAAGAUCACACCCGCAAUCGAUACACAUGCCCCCGAGUCUGCAAUACCGAUGGCCGGGAACAAAGCUGCUGCUCAGCCUCUGAGUGAGGAGAAAAGCUGCAUUGUACCGACAGAUGACAAAGCUGUAAAAUUGAGGACAAUGUUCAAUGGCUCGCCGUAUUAUGAAGGUAAUGAUGUGACUCAUCUAACGACGAUUGGUCUCGGCUGCAGCCCAAAGCACAUUCUUAAAGGCACGGAAGUCAAUACCUGUGACAAUGGUAAAUGGAAAGCACCUUGGCCCAAAUGUGUUAGAUUCUGUGACCGCAACCAGAUCACAAACGAUCCCAAAAUCAAUGUCAUUUGCCGUUACCGGAAUAAGAUAUUCGACUGUUUCAAUGAGCCAGCAAUUGUUAACACCAUUGCCGAAAUUACAUGUGCUCCGGGCUAUAUACCUGAAGGAAAUGUCGCAAAGAGCGAUCGAGUCUGCAGUAGUGAUGGUAGUUGGAGACGUCUGGAUGCCAAAUCGAGUAGACUUAAAUGUAAGCCUGAUUGUGGCAAGACUUUUAGCACAGUAGAAGGAUAUCCCUGGGUGGUCAGCAUAUAUCGACAUACUUCCAAUAGUAAUUUUAGAUUCAGUUGCCUGGGUGCAAUUAUCGAUCCGUUUUUUGUGUUAACUGCUGCCAGUUGUUUUUCCCCAAGUCCCGUUCCCCAUACGACCCAGGUUGUCUUGGGCAACCAUUCAAUUGGAUUUAACUCGGCCAAGGAACACGGCUUUGAUACAUUUAACAUUGCCAACAUCGAUGUGGAAGAAUUUAAGCCUUUUGCCCUGCUUAAGAUGGUAAAUCCUUUCACGCUCUCAGCCAAAGUGCGUCCCAUUUGUUUGCAAAAUUUCUCAGGAAAUACAAGUCAGGACCCGGUGGAGCCUUGGAGAGUUCUUGGAGAGCCUUUGGUGUAUCUUGAUCCCAAAACUAAUACAUUCAAUCUUACACAUAUUGUGGAAAACGAUAAGAGGCUUACUUUCAAUAUUAAAAAUGAAAUUGUUAAUGAGAUCAAGCAGAAUGAUUAUCUAUUGGUUAAUUAAUAAAAGAUUGUAAGCUUUCAA